AAGAGCAUGAUAUUUCGGCUUAUUACAAAAAGGUCAAUUGUUAUGGAACCGGAGACUGUAUUAUGAUUCUCAAUACCGGUGGCAUGUCGGAUGACCAGUCCAGAUGGGUAAUGGAAUGUCACGAUGGUGAGGCUGCCAUUGGAUUCUAUGCCGCAGGCGACUACGUCGCGCCAUCCUAUAUGUGGUGCAAAUUCGUGUUUCCCAUGAAAAAGCCAUCUGGAGGACUUUAUCCUUAUUACGAUUAUUGUAAUGUUCGAGAUCUCACUACAGGAGCACCUACGGCGGUCGGUGUAUCAGGAGACGAAUUCUACUGCUAUGACAAAUAUUAUCCAAUUGACACAUACGAUACUUUUGUAACAGCCUAUCUUUAUCCCAAUGUCUACUACAGAACGGGAAUACUCGGCCAGAGUCUGGUUGUAAGUCGGGAGUCCUAUAAAUGCUGCAAACUGCCCCUUGGGUACCACUUGGACUACUCUCGGUGUAUGUAUAAAUACAGUCAUGACAAGUGGGGAGAGCAUUAUGACGAAAAUCAAAUGUUCCUAAUGAAAUGCGAUAGAGAUCAUUUGAUGACAGGGAUCGGCAAAGCUGAAGGUCCAAAUGACAGCUCAGCGCAUUACGUAUGGAUACAAUGUUGUCCGUUUUUCUACAACAUGGAUUAUGUUCCCCUGUAUGCAACAGCAAAUGCCACUUUCCAUCAACAAGCUGCUGCUGGUGCCGGACCACGUCCUUACAAUACUAACUAUUCUAAACCAAAAUACUGAGAUCUCUAAUUAAACACUCCAAAAUUGUUACUGCGCUUGUUCCCGCUGGUGACGCUUAUUAGAAAGCUGCAAAUUGUUUGUUUUGUUUUAUAAUGGCGGCACAAGAACUGAUUGUUAUUCUGGUUUAGAAAUAGAUUUUUUCGUACUAUGUGUUUGGUAAGUUUAAGCGAGUGGUGUUGUUCCAAAGUGGGUUUACCGGUACUACGUAUACAACUAAAAUUUUUUAUGACUG